AUGAUACUUGUGUUAUUUUUUUGUAUUAAUUUAGUUUUUUCACAAAGUUUUGAAGAUUUGUUAAUUACUGUUACACUUGAUGGAAGUAUUACAGCAAGAAGACUUGUUGACAGUGCAAUUGUAUGGCAGACUCAACACUCUGGACCAUUAUUGACAUCUUAUUUUAGUGGACAAACACCAUAUAUUCCAUCUAUUGACUCAAGCAAAACAUUAUUUUCUGUUGAUAAAGAACAAUCACAAUUAAAACGAAUGAAAUUUAAAAUAGAAGAUAUAUUUAAUCAAUCUCCAGCAAUAAUAGAUAAUGUGUUAGUAUUUUGUGAUAAAGAAUCAAAAAUAUUUUCUAUUAGUACUGACUCAGGUAAAAUAUCUCCUUAUAGAAUUGCUAUAGGAAGUCUUCCUUUUUCUAGAAAUCAAUACCAUCUUAAAGCCAUUGAUCCAUUGAGUGGUAUAGAACUUUGGAAUAUGACUAUUGCAGAAUAUAAAGCAGUUGUUGAAAUUCAACGUAAAAUUAGUAAGAAGCAUCAAUUAUUAAUCAAUCCUAUUACUAAUACUGUUCAGUUAUAUGAAGAAAAUGAAGUUACUUGGAGUAGAAGAUUUGAAAAUAGUGAUAUUGUAGGAGCUUUUAUAUAUGAUUCUGGAGAAGAGGAUAUUAGACAAAUAGAAGUGUCAUUUGUUACAAUAUCAAAUGAUGUUAUUAUAAAUAUUUUCAAUGAUAAUUUAUAUGCUAUUAUUCCAAUUUCACUUAGAACAGAUAAAGAAAAUUAUAGUAUGCAAGAUAACUCCAAUACUUUAGUUCAUUCUACUAGACUAUUAAUUGCUCCUUCAAUCAAAUAUAUUGAUAAUCUUGAAGAUCAAACAGAUGAUAAAAAGAAUCAAAGUAUUAAGGAAGAUGAUAUGGUGUGUUUAAAUGAAUUUGAUUCAUUUCCAAUUGAUCAAACUGUUCCAAAUGGAAGUAUUAUUGUUAUUAAUAAAGAUAGAAUUAUUGAUUUUGAUGAUAAAAAAUGGAAUGAAGUUCUUGUACCACUUACAGACAUUCCUCCAGUAUUACCAAAUAAUCCUAUUCCACCAUUACCAAAUAAUUCGUCUCAUCACAUUAUAUUUUUACUAAUACUUAUUGUUAUUGUUAUUAUUUUAAUUGUAUUAAUAGUUUUGAUGUUGAUGAAUAACGCUAAUCAAUCACCACUAGAAGUUACUGACAAACAACUGGGAACAGGUUCUUUAGGAACUGUUGUGUUUGAAGGUAAUUUUAAUGGAAGACGGGUUGCUGUAAAAAGAUUAGUAAAAGAGUUUUAUUCAAUUGCACAGCAUGAAGUUGAAAUAUUUAAUCAAACAGAAGAACUUCCUAACCUUGUUAGAUAUUAUAUGAGUUAUAGUGAUAGAAACUUUAUUUAUAUUGCACUAACAUAUUGUGAAUGUACGUUAGAACAACAUAUUAAUACAAUGGAAUAUAAAAAAACACCAUUACUAAAUGAACAUACUAUAAGUCUUAUGAAAGGAUGUGCAAGGGGAGUAUAUUAUUUACAUAAACUUGGUAUUGUUCAUCGAGACUUAAAACCACAAAAUGUACUUAUUGACUCAAAAGGAGAAGUUAAAAUUACUGACUUUGGACUAGCAAAAAAAAUUGACGAUAAUGCUUCAUUCACUUGUUCUCAUGGUGGGAGUGUUGGUUGGCAAGCACCAGAAGCCAUCAAAGGAGAAAGGUUAACAAGCAAAGUUGACAUUUAUAAUCUUGGUUGUUUAUUCUUUUUUAUUGCAAGAAAAGAACAUCCAUUUGGUCCAUUAAUUGAUCGCUCAAAGAAUAUCUUACUUGGAAAGAUGGUCAAAAUGGAUUAUGACAAUGCAAACGUUUAUCAAAAUGAAUUUGUUAUGACAUUAGCAAUUUUGACGAGAAUUGAUCCUAAUUUACGACCAAGUGCAGACCAAAUUAUGGCAUUACCUUUGUUUUGGGAUUUUAAUAAGAAACUCAAUUUUAUUAAAAACGCAAGUGAUUUAUUUGAAAUGGAUCCAUCAAUGAUUAUUACUAGAGAAUUAGAUGCUUCAGGCAUUGGUAUUAGAUGGCAACAAUCCUUAGACCCUGGGUUAGUUGAUUCAUUAGUAAAAUUUAGAAAAUAUGAUUUUAAUAAAACAAGAGAUUUAUUACGGGCUAUUAGAAAUAAAAGUCACCACUAUUAUAAUUUACCUAAAACUGAACAAAGCUUAUUUACCAGUUUCCCUGAUGGGUUCUAUCUUUAUUUCUAUAAACGUUUUCCAGGUCUUCUUAUUCUUGUGUAUAAUGUCGUCAAAAAACAUUAUCCAAAUGAACCAAUUUUUAAUGAGUUUUUUAUUUAUGAUUCAAAGUAA